CCAGGGCAAUUAUGUGUGAUUAGGGGUGAGAAGGGCCACGCCUGCUCUUGAUUUCUGCCUGUCCUGCCUGGGAGCGUCCCCAGAUUUGCCUAGCUAACUCGGGCCUGGCUGCUCCAACACACUGUGCUGACGGCCCACACCAUCGCGCAGAGGAAACGAGAACUCGGACUGGGCCUGGCAUGGCAGGGGUCAAAGUCACCAAGGUGGACUGGCAGCAGCUGAGGAACUGUGCUGCCCACCGCACCAGGGAGUACCCUGGCCCUGAGCUGGUGGUUCGCAGGGGCCAGACAUUCGUCUUCACAUUGGAGCUGAACAGACCCCUGGACAGCGAGGAGACCCUCAUCUUCACAGUGAAGACAGGACCACAGGCUUCCGAGACCCUCCGCACCAAAGCUGUUUUCCAGACAUCAGAGCUCGAAGUGGGCAAAUCCUGGACAGCAACAAAGGAGGCUCAUACCGGGAGCACCUUGAUUGUCAGCCUCACCAGCCCUCCUGAUGCCGUCAUUGGGCGCUACCUGCUGAGCACCAGGAUUUCCUCUCGCCGCAGACAUAGUGACCGGAAGCUGGGCAGAUUUGUUCUCCUUUUCAACCCAUGGUGCCCAGAGGACGACGUGUUUCUGGCCUCAGAGGAGGAGAGACAGGAGUAUGUGCUCAACGACAGCGGGAUCAUCUUCCGAGGCGUGGAGAAGCACAUCCGAGCCCAGGGCUGGAACUACGGGCAGUUUGAGGAGGACAUCCUGAACAUCUGUCUCUCCAUCCUGGACCGAAGUCCUAGUCACCAAGAUGACCCAGCCACUGACGUGUCCCACCGCCACAACCCCAUCUACGUCUCCAGGACCAUCAGUGCCAUGGUGAACAGCAACAACGAUCGGGGUGUCCUUCAAGGCCAGUGGCAGGGCAAAUAUGGUGGUGGCACCAGCCCGCUGCACUGGCGUGGCAGUGUGGCCAUUCUGCACAAGUGGUUCAAGAGCAGGUUCAAGCCAGUCAAAUACGGCCAGUGCUGGGUCUUCGCUGGAGUCAUGUGCACAGUCCUUAGGUGCUUGGGGAUCGCCACACGGGUUGUGUCCAACUUUAACUCCGCCCAUGACACGGACAGGAACUUGAGUGUGGACAAAUAUGUGGACUUCUUCGGGCGGACCCUGGAGGACCGGACAGAAGACAGCAUGUGGAAUUUCCAUGUCUGGAAUGAGAGCUGGUUUGCCCGUCAGGACCUGGGCCCCUCUUACAAUGGCUGGCAGGUCCUGGAUGCCACCCCCCAAGAGGAGAGCAAAGGCAUGUUCCGGUGCGGCCCGGCCUCCGUCACUGCCAUCCGUGAGGGUGACGUGCACCUGGCCCACGAUGGCCCCUUCGUGUUUGCGGAGGUCAACGCAGACUACAUCACCUGGCUCUGGCAAGAGGACAAGAGCCGGGAGCGUGUGUACUCAGACACGAAGAAGAUCGGGCGAUGUAUCAGCACCAAGGCGGUGGGCAGCGACUCCCGUGUGGACAUCACCGGCCUCUACAAGUACCCAGAAGGGUCCCGGAAGGAGAGGCUGGUGUACAGCAAGGCCGUGAAGAAGCUGUUCAGCGUGGAAGCUCCCGGGAGGAGGGCCCGGCUGCGCAGGGCCGGCGGCCGCGGUCUCCGGCGCGACGCCCUCCUGGAGCCCGCCACCAAGCCCAGCAUCACCGGCAAGUUCAAGAUGCUGGAGCCGCCCGUGCUGGGCCACGACCUGAGGCUGGCCCUGUGCUUGGCCAACCUCACCUCCCGGGCUCGGCGGAUCCGAGUCAACCUGAGCGGCGCCACUAUCCUCUACACCCGCAGGCCGGUGGCAGAGAUCCUGCACGAAUCACACACCGUGAGGCUGGGGCCUGAAGAAGAGAUAAAGAUCCCAAUUGCAAUACCUUAUAUGCAAUAUAAGCAAGACCUGACAGAGGACAAGAAGAUCCUAUUAGCCGCCAUGUGUCUUGUUGCCAAAGGAGAGAAGCUCCUGGUGGAGAAGGACAUCACGCUGGAGGACUUCAUCACCAUCAAGUGUGCCCAGCCUGGAGCCCCAGGAGAGGGCCUCAGUCAAGUUCAACAUCACCCCCUCCAAGAGUGGCCCCCGGCAGCUGCAGGUGGACCUCGUCAGCCCUCGCUUCCCGGACAUCAAGGGCUUUGUGAUCAUCCACGUGGCCACAGCCCAGUGAUGGGCCAUGGGCGGCGAAGAGGGAAGGAGAUGGCGCAUUCCCUCCUGCCCGCCUCUUUGCCCCUCCCAUGGGGGAGCCGGGAGGCCUUUGUCCCAGGGCUGCUUCCACUUCUGCCCCACUUUGUGAACUUGGGCAAGUCUGUUCCUCUCCUGAGCCUGUUUCCCCACCUAUAAAAUGAGGUUCUGGCCUUGGUAAUCUUUAAGCUUUCAGACAAUGAGGGAUGGUGUCGGGGGCCCCUACCACCUUCAUCCAUUACCCUCAGUGCCGGCAGGCUGACGAACCGAGCAUCACAGCAGUCCCGGCCCGCUGGCUCUGCCAGCUUACUGGCAGACCUUCCAGAGCCCUGGCUGACCCUUAGGCUCUCCUUGCUUCUCUCUCAGCUCUUCAGUGCUCUGACCACAUCCAGACCCAAGAACCUUCCCAGUCCUGACAGAAAACCCAAAGUACUAGUGCUGACACCAAAACACCCGCAACACCCCCACUGUACGCAGCGGCAAGAGCCUUGCUCACAGCCACAGUGCGAGCAGAGGCAGAACUGGGGCCCCAUCACUUUAUAUCACUUAAGUUUAACCCCAAAGUCACGUUCCUGAAAAUCACGAGAUCUGAAGCAAUGGGAGAUUUUCCCUCAAUGAAGACACAGGCCCAGCAACUAAGGGGUUCCUCCCACCUGGAAGAAGCUGAAGACAGAGAUGGGGCCAUCAAGCCUGGGUUGCAUUUGGGGAUGCAGCCCCAAAUCUGAUCUGGUUAGGGACAUCACUUAUCAAAUACAUCCAGCCCAGGGUUUCUGUUUCUUUGGAACCAGUGUUGACUUUGCAAAACUUCCCCAGCAGCCUACACCACACACAAUCACAUUCGUAGCAUCGAAACAGGACAGAGAUCUCUGGGCUGAAGACCAAAUGGAGACCACCAGGCCCUGAAGAUAAGUGCAGUAGACAUGGAAAUCAGCUCAGAAAUGUCUUAGAUAGCCAAAAGAAUCAUAACUGACCAUAUAAUUUAAGCAAUCUGAACAAAAUGGCUCAUCUGCAGUGAGACAUCUCCUGAUACAAACUUGAGUGGGAACAACUUAUGUAGUGGUUCUUUGCAAAAAGAGGGUCAGGCAAACACACGGACUGUGUUUGAUGGAUGAUCCUUAUAACCAAGGCCUUAGUGAAGGCAUUUCUUAGAUGAUUCUUUACAAUAUGGGGACAGCUUAGAGAACCCAGAGAAGUGGAUAAAUGUAAUGAGUCAGGCUCAUGGGCUGCCUCAGCUCCAGUACCCCCUUUCCAAACCAGUUUUGGAUGCUUAUCCAGUGUAAGAUGGGCAGCUGGAGGUUCAGAGCAGGAAGCAUUUCCUCAGGGUUGAGCAGCAGGAAGGGGUGCAGGGGCUGAAGACAGCGGGAGGUAACCUCCCACUCUCAGCAAAAGAGACACCCCUUUCAGCAGGGAGACUGACAUGGUCUCCCUUUGCAGUGGCCCCAGACACCCAUUCUUUUAAGCAAAGGCCAACUGCCCAUCUUCCUCAAGCUCAGCUGUCAAAGGUUGAGCCUCCCAGGAAGCUGACUCUGCAAUGGAGUUUAGGGUGCAGGACAUUUAUUAAGGAAUGACUAAGGAUCGACAUGAUGGAAGGGGGAGGAAGCAGAUGUGGGCAGAGGGAGAAACUGAACCAUGAUGCAGGCCCAGGGACAGCCUAGGCUAAUCCCACUGGCAGCUCUGGAGCUAGCACGGCCUGCCCGGUGUGUGUGUGUCUGGAAAAGGUUAAGCAGCCUAGCAGGUAGCUCUGUCUCCAGUUCAAACCCCUUGCCGUUGGUGCCUCUGGCCCCACAGGUUCUUCCAGCCCCAGUUGAAAGCAGAGGCUACCUCACCACCAAUGAACACCCUGGUUGCAGUUGGGAGAACUGGGGACAUUAAGAGAAGACAGCCCAAAGCAGAGUGUGGAUGGAAACGCAGCUUUGAAAGUUGCCAAUAAAAAUGUGCAGUAGGGAUUACCUUUCUGUUGGCAAAGCAACACCCGAACAAUGCCAUUCAGAGGAAGGGCAGAACAGGGAGUUCAGAGUCUUACAGGCUGUGUGGACCCAGAAAAUGUUUGCAAACCAUAUUCUAUUAUCUAGAAUAUAUAAAGAACUCUGGAAAUUCAACAGUAAAAAAAUAAAUAAAUAAACAAUCUAAUUAAGAAAAUAGGCAAGACAUAAACUUUUCACUGAAGAGGAUAACAGGUGGCAAAUUAGCACAUGAAAAGAUGUUUAAUAUUAUUAACCAAUAGGGAAAUGCAAAUUAAAACCACAGUGAAAUAGCACUAAAUGAGAUACCAACAAAAUGGUUUAAAAGAAUUAGUGACAAUACCAAAUGGUGGCAAACCUGCAGAGAACAUUGAAAACUCUUACAUUGCUGGUAUAAAUGUGAAUGUUACAGCCACCUUGGUAGACAGUUUAGCAGUUUCUAAAAAAAAAAGAACAAAAAUAAAAGAAACAUACAGUUCACAUACAACCCAGCAAUUGCACUUUGCACUCCUGGCCAUUUAUUACAGGAAAUGAAACUUGUGUUCACAUAAAAACUUGCACAUGAAUAUUAUCCCAGCUUUAUUUGUAGUAGGCAAAAACUGGAAAUAACCUAGAUGUCCUUUAACUGGUAAGUAAUUAGACUGUGAUGCAUCCAUACCAUGGAAUACUACCCAGCAAUAAAAAGGAACAGACUGUUUAUACACACAACACCUGGAGGAAUCUCCACAGAAUAUGUGAAAAAAACCAAUCCUAAAAUGUUACAUAGUAUAUGAUCCUGUUUAUAUAACAUUCUUGAAAUGAGAAAAUUCUAGAAAUGGAGCAGCAGUGCAGGCUGUGGAAGCCUACUGAGAGCACACCAGAACAAGAAGAGAGCCCUCUCUUUCCUGCAGUGUCUCUCCAGCACCCUCUGCUGACAAACCAUAACAUCAUGCCAGCUGAGGGACAGUGGAUUUGGAGCUGAGAUGCCUGCAAUUCACUGAUGACUGGUACCAUGACUUUCUCAACAUUUCUCUGAAAAAUAAAGUGCUCUCCUGCCCAAAGCCUUUGCAGUUGCUGUACCCUCUACCUGGAAUCCCUUUUCUCCAUCCCAACCAUAUCUUCAUGGCUUGCUCCCUUACUCCCAACAGGUUUUCGCUCAAACUGCUCUUGAUCAAUAGGACCGUUUCUGACCACUCCAAUUAAAUAGCACCACACUCAUGGCACUUUCCAUCUCCCUCUUCCUGACUUAUUUUUGUCCAUAGUAAUUGUUACCAUUUGACAUAACUUACUUUCAUGUUUAUUGUCUGUCUCUUCCUUCUAGAAUGUAAGCUCCUCAAAUACAGAGGUCUAUUUUGUUCACACUUUUAUACCAGGCAGAGUUGAGUAGAAUUCCACCUAUUUAUUGAUAUGUUUGUAUUAAAAAUAUUUAUUGAAUGAAUGCAUGAAUUCAAGUAAAUUAGGAACAUACAGGAAGAAAAGGGGGAACACGAACUAAAGUCUCAUCCCCUAGACUACCACAGUUAGCAUGAGGCUGAGUUUCCCUUCAGAUUUUCCCCAGUAAGGAUUUUUUUUAAAUAGGGGUUUGAUAUACAUACACAAAUGUGUUCACAUCAAAAGUGUUCAGAUUGUUGAAUUUUCACAAACUGAACCCACCCAGGUAUUCAGCACCUAGAUCAAGAAAUAGUACACUACCAGUACCCUAGAAGCCCCUCUGUGCCGUCCCAGGAUAACCAUUAUCCUAGGUUGUAGAAUCAGAUUGGUUUUUGUGCUUUAGAUGAAUGGAAUUACACAGUAUGUGUUUUGUGUCUGACCUUGGCUCCCAUCUUGACACAUGUAUAGAAGAUUCAUCCAUAUUGCUGUGAAGUAUUAUAGAUUUUUCUUAUUCCUUGAUGUGUAAUAUUCCAUUGUAUGGAUAUAUUACAAAUUAUCCAUCUUACUGUUGAUGGAGAUUUAGGUAGUUUCCAGUUUGGACUAUUAUGAAGAGUUACUCUAUACAUUCAUGUACACGUCUUUUUGUGACCAUGUCAGCAUUUCUGUUGGGUAUAUAACUAGGAGUGGAAGUGCUGGAUCAUGAGAUAAGGAUCAUAGGAUCAUUAAUAAUUAUGCUGGAAAACAGAUGUAAACAGAUGUAUGCUCAGAUUCAGCAGCCAACUUCUCCACCCCACACCCCUGGGAUAUUGUCCUUCAUUCUUGUCAGCUAGUAUUCCCUGACGUAAGAUGGAUGAAGUACCCAGCACUGUGUAUGGCUCUCCAUAUGAGUACUUUGGAAUGAACGUGUCCUUCUUUUGACUCUAUGCAAAGCAUAGUAGCUGGUCCAAGGGGACAAAACAAAGACAAAUAAGCUAUAUUCAUACAUAAGAGUGGCCAAACCCUGUGACUACAGAUCUCACUCCUAAAAAAAUAUGCUAAGGUUAUAUUCAAAAGAAAAAACUUUCUUUACAAAGUUGGAAUUGAAAGACUCAAGAACUGUAAUAAUGACUACCUGCUCUGUGCUAACCUUCUUAUGUAUAGAACCUCAUUUAAUCAUCAAUGAGAUAGAUACCAAUCUAUUAAACAAAGUCUAACUUCAUUUUUUUGUUUCACUGCUGACAGCUUUCAAGCCCCUAAGAAAGCCUUGUGGGCUGCCUCCCUUCACACCUGUGGGAAAUGCAAACCAUGCAAGCCCUCUUAUGAGCCCUCACCAUAGCCCCACACCCUAAGCACAAUAAAAUGGGCCAACUGCCCCUCCUUGCUCUCUUGAGCCAUUUUCAGACUUACUGGGGAGCCUACCCUGCACUCCCCAAAAAGCCUCAUUAUGUCAAUAAUAAAUCUUUUCAUAUGCCUCAAUGCAUGUGCAGGGUCAUCAGUCCCAGCUAUCAAUACCAAAUUUGGGUAUGUGGGGGCAUCAGUCCUGCCCCCAAAAGGCAUCAAGACACAACCCUAUUUUAUAGAUAUGGAAGUUGGAAUUCAGAAAAGUUAUUUAUUAUUCAUUCAACAUGUGUUGAGUGCAGAGCAAUGGGAAACCACAUGGAUGAAUUCCCUGUCUUCAUUAGAGUAGGGGAAGUAGUUUAUAGAAAAUUAAGUAUAAACUGUUUUUAAAAAUAUGAAAACUAGUCUCACCUAUAAUUAAAUAUAUUAACUAAAAUAGAUUUUUUAAACUUAAAUUGAACAAGA